AGCCGUCGUCGCGGUUUGAAGCUGAUCGGAACAUUCCCCUUGGAAACUAAUAAGCAUACAAGCGAAGAAUUUGCUGGUUGUGUUCAGUAGACGUUGACACGUUUCAAUUGGAUUCGGAAUUAGAUUUAUUGAAAUGCUGCCCUUUCGCUGGGGCCUGCUACUAGGCGUCGUGGUGCUCAUAGCGUGCGCCAAUGGAGCGGCUAUCGAUCAAUCGCCGCAAAGUGAAGAUGAACUCACUGGCCUGGCUGAUUUGGAGAGAUCAAAGAGAAGCGGCAGAGGCUAUGCAAGAGGGCAGACGCAGUCGCAGUACUUGAACUUUGGUAAACCCGAAGAAGACGGCAAGGCUGAGGCAGAGGCUAACGAAAGCGGAUCACGUUCUGUAGUCUCUGGUACUCACGGAAUGGGCCAGGCCCAGAGUCAGUUCUCCUCUGGAGAUUGCAGCGGCUGUUCUGGCUAUCAAACUGGCAGCUCACUCGAUGGCAGUGGAGGCUUUGUCGGAAGACCCGAUGCUAUCAUUAGUCUUCCAGGUGCAGAUGCUGUGAGCGGACAGCCUGGAUUUGGUAGUCAACCUGGUGCCGGAAGUCUGAUUGGUGAGCAGCCUAGCAUUGGAGGCCUUCCAGGAGUCAGUGGUGGACAACAAGUAUUCGGGCCGGUAGGACCCGGUGGCGCAGGUCCUUCAGUUAGCGGAGGACAAGCUGGUAUCGAUGGUGCUCAGCCCGGCUUUGGCGGUCAACCUAGCGUUGGAGGUCAACCCGGAUACGGAACACAACCAGGAGUAGGAAGUCAGACAGGUAUCGGUGGUAGACAGCCCGGAUUUGGAGCCCAGCCAGGAGUUGGCGGACAGCCUGGUGUUGGUGGUCAACCCGGAUACGGAUCACAACCAGGAUUAGGAGGUCAGACUGGCAUCGGUGGUGGACAGCCCGGAUUUGGAAGACAAACUGGCGUUGUUGGCGGUCAAACUGGUGUUGGUGGUCAACCCGGAUACGGAUCACAACCAGGAUUAGGAGGUCAGACUGGCAUCGGUGGUGGGCAGCCUGGUAUCAGUGGUAGACAACCCGGAUACGGAUCACAACCAGGAUUAGGCAGUCAGACUGGUAUUGGUGGUGGUCAGCCCGGAUUUGCCAGUCAACCUGGCGUUGGUGGUCAACCCGGAUACGGAGCCCAACCAGGAGUUGGUGGACAGCCUGGAUUUGCCGGUCAAACUGGCGUUGGUGGUCAACCCGGAUACGGAGCUCAACCUGGAGUUGGAAGUCAGACUGGUACCGGGGGUAGACAGCCUGGCUUUUCCGGUCAAGCUGGUGUUGCAGGUCAACCCGGAUACGGAGCCCAACCAGGAGUUGGUGGUCAAACUGGCGUUGGAGGACAACCCGGAUACGGAACACAGCCAGGAGUAGGAGGUCAGACUGGUAUUGGUGGUGGACAGCCAGGAUUUUCCGGUCAAACUGGCGUUGGUGGUCAACCCGGAUACGGAACACAGCCAGGAGUUGGCGGACAAUCUGUUAUCGGUGGUGGACAGCCCGGUUAUGGAACCCAACCUGGUGUUGGAAGUCAGACAGGUAUCGGUGGUGGGCAGCCCGGAGCUGGAGGAACUCAGUAUGGCGGUGGGCAACCGGGAGCCGGUGGUGUUUUAGACGGUCAAGUGGGUGCUCCAGGACGCUAUACAGCUGGAUCUGGUGUCGCUCCUGGUGGAGCUGCUGGUGCUGGUGUGCCAGGUGCAGUUUCCGGUGGAGCUGAUGACACAUUCUCUCAAGCGGCAUCCACGAUUGGCAACGGCCAGGCAUCUGCCAGUGCCGAGGGCAAAAAGAAUGGCGGAACAGCUAAGACUCAAGUGUCCGGCACAUACAGUACGGGCGGUUCGUUCAGCGCCAGUGCAAUGACUUCUGAUGCAGAUCGAGCCGCCAGCGCUCAGGUUACUGGCAAUGCUGAUGGCGCUAUGAGCCAGUCCCAAGGCUCGGGAGGACCAGCCCAGUCCCAAGCCCAAGUGCAGGUCAACAACAAGGAUGGAGGCACCAAGGCUUCAUCACAGAGCGGAGGUCUGAUUCAUCAGAGCCAGAGCGAGGUGCAGGCCAACGAUAAGGGUGGUUUGGCCGAUGCCCAGUCCAGCGGACCCGGUCAAACAUCUUCCCAAGCUCAAAUUGGCUUCCGUCCUGGUCAGGAUACCGGCUCGCCAGUGUCUCCAGGAGGUGGUCAGGCCUCUGCCCAAUCGGGCAGCCAUUCUGGUCAAAGCCAGUCCCAGAUCCAAGGAACGUCCAGCUUUGGUGUGUCAUACCAUGGUGCUGCCCAGUCCGCGUCAGGAACCAAGGAGCAGGUUGAUACCUAUCGGGAACAGAAUCGAGAGCUCUUCAAUACAAUCAGCCAGUUUGGCAACAGUGGCAAUGCUGUAACCGAUCGUGCUGAUGCCGUCUUUAGUGGCCCGGCACUCACAUCUGAAUCCGAUUCAAUACCCGAGCUGCAGCUGAAGUCCACAAAGACCAGCAAGGAGGAGCCCGAGAAGGUCGAAAAGAAGCCCGAUCAGCCGGAGCCAGUGCAAUACGAAGAGGAGGAAGAGGAUGAGGGCGAUGAAUAUGACGAGGAUGAGUACUACAACGAGAACCCCGUCAAGCUGGAGGAGGGUCCUAAGGCGCCGAGCAAGAUUCAGAAUGCGGAGUCCACUCCUCAUCCACAGACCUAUACCCAGUCGUCUCCCACGCAGAAGCAGCAGGCCGUAGUGGCCCCAUUGCCAGCGGAAAAAUACCAGCUGGUGCAGAAACAGAACGGUGUCGUCAACAGCUACACGGAGCGAUCAACCACUGAGUCCGUGCCCAGUGGGUUCCGCGGCACGGUUAACGUUCAAAAGAAGUUUCACACGAAGUCGCUUGAGCUGCACAACACCGAGAAGAAGGUCGAGAUCAGUGCCGACACUGACUCCGAUGCUCCGAGUGCACCCACUCGCGACAACAAAGCGCCUCGCGCCCCAGACAGCUAUGUAACAGUCACCAAGUCGGUGACAGGAAGCAUGGAUAAUAGCAAGAACCCACCGCAGGACAACAAGAACUUCCAGUCUACGUACUACACAAAGUCCUCGACCUGCGGAUACUUCACCUUCUCCUGCAACAUUGUCUACGGUGCGAAUGGACGCAGCAAGAUCUGUCGCCCAAAGGCUCCGGCCAACGGCAAGUGCUAAAUGAGAGGGAGAAAAUCAAUAACCCCACCCACCACACAUUAUAGUAGAUCAGUUCCCAAAGGGGCUAAUUGUAGAACUCUAAAAGCUUACUGGCACCAAAAAGCACCCACAUAUUUGUAUUUUUAUGCAGCAAGUUCAUAAGCAUUUAAGUGUUUUUUGCAAAUAAUUUUAGCAUCUUACUGCCAUGUCUUAAAUAUUUCAUAGGCUUUGCAAUUGUAAUUAAUAUUAAAUAAAAUUC